AUGUUUUUGGUGCUCGCUGUAGCGUUCAUUGGUCGCAAACGCUGGCCACUGGCGCGACAAGAGGUCCGAUUUCGACCCGUGCGUGCUCGUCACCGCAAUUGGUCCAGCGCCGCACCCCGUACCACGCCGCAGGUAGCGUGCACGGCAACGGCGUCAACGAACGGCAGUGCGCCGAAUGAACACCGAGAUCGUCUAGUCCUUGUCGGGUUAGGCAACCCAGGACCCAAGUACGAGAAGACGCGACACAAUGCCGGGUUCCUCGCAGCUGACGCGGUGGCGCGCGCAUACCGGGCACCAGCGUUUCGUCUGAACGAGUCGUGGCAGGCGCUGCACACCCAUAUCGACAUCGGUCGCCAAGUACAUAUUCUGAAACCAAUAACCUACAUGAACCUGUCCGGUCAAGCAUUGCGGUCUUUUUUGCGCGACACUUUCGGUACAGGUUUCGAGCGAGAGACCGAGUGGAGCACUCGGCUUCUCGUCCUGGUGGAUGACACUGCGCUUCCAUUCGGCAAGCUGCGCCUCCGCCUACGAGGCAGCGACGGUGGUCACAAUGGUUUGAAAAGUAUUGCCCAAGCGCUGCGAAGUGAACGCUACAGUCGACUGCGAAUAGGCAUUGGCGGCGAUCAUCGGGCGGGCAACGGGAGCGCCGUUGACUACGUGCUGAGCGACUUUAGCCGAGCAGAAUGGCGCACCAUGGAAGAGCAGGUCCUGAUCGACUGUGUCCAGGUUGCACGCCACUGGAUUGAGCAUGAUGAUCUGGCCAAAGUUGUGCAAUUCUGUAAUGCCGCUCGAAGCACGAUGCACAUGCCGCCAGCUUGA